GCCGCUCGCUGCGCCUUUUACGCGCUUUUAAGACUCUUUAAAGUUUGUGCGGACCGAGUCCAGCUGUUAACAUCUGUCAGCAUCUGUCCACAGCUGUCCGCAGGCUCGCUCUACCCUCCCGCGGCUUUAAUUAGUCGGCACGUGAUGUUAACCGCGGCUGCUUAAUUACCCGGAGCAGCUCCGAGCGUCACUUUGGAGGAGUUCCCGGAGCACCGGGGCCUCCGCGGGAGAUUUACAGCCGAGAUCGAGCCCUGACACGCGGCCGUUAAUCACCAGAGCCCCGCUGCUCCCAGAGGGUGAGGGAGUGAGUGAGCCGCAGGACUCUGGCGCCUCACACUAGACCCGGACACUCCUGGUUCUGUGUCCGCCCACCGGCACAUCCAGCUGGACAGCCCCGACCGGACUCACACCUCUCACCCCCGGAGGACCUGCUGCCAAUGGCAACUUUCAUCUCCGCCCUCGUCUUCCUCUUCGCUGUGAUGGGCGGGACUUCCCCUGCUGCCAGUCAGUCCAGCGCUCCGACAGAGCCCAUGUGCUACGACUGGGGCGAGUCCAGCGAGGGGGCGGUCUCUGUCGUGGAGGGCGAGGUCGGUUGGCUCUCCUGUCCUCUUUUCUCUCAUCCCUCCGUCUACAACUACACCUCCACCCAGAGCGCCGGGCACAACCUCUUCUGGUACCGCCUCCCCGAGGGCCACGACCUGGAGCAGCCAAUCACGUACAGCUCGCGGCUCAGCAAAGACAGAGAGAGACUGUUUCUGCAGCCGGCCACCGCCAACGACACCGGCCAGUACAUCUGCAUGCUGCGUAACAAGUCCUCCUGCAGUAAGAUCGCCAUCCGCCUCAAAGUGUUGCGGCCGGACGACGUUGUUAAGUGUGCACUUCCGGUUGCCGUGGCACCGAUUGAGGACUUGAUCCCUUUGCAGGAGGGGAAGACGUUGGACUGUCCAGACCUGCAGGACGCCACCAAGAUGUCAGAAAGCGCGCCAAAGGUCCAAUGGUACUUUGUGGCGCACCCGGUGUGUGACUGGUAUCCGUUCUGGGACAACGACAGGGAGCAGAAAGGAAACAGUUUGCAGGUUCACCUCAUGAUGGAACAGUAUCAGGGUUUAUAUUACUGCAGAGUCCAGUACCAGAGGAGGAACCAAACACUCAACUUCACCAGGAGCAUCAACGUCACCGCCAUCUUGCCCCUCUCGCUGCCCAAAGAGCCCAGCAUCAUGAACCCCACAAAUGACCAGAUUUUCACAGUCAAAACAGGCACCGAGGUGCGUCUGGUGUGCAGAGGUCAGCUUCCGUUUGUCCUGGACAAACCGUGGCGGGAGAUCUGGUGGACGGUUGAUGGGAAGACGCUGGACAAACUUCCUGAUCGAUUCAAACAAAUUAACAGGGUGGUGAGAGACCACUUCAGGGACCUGACUAUCGAGAGCAUCCUCGUGAUCCAGGACUUCCAGUCCAAAGACCUGAAGCGAGAGUUUUACUGCUCCGUGAAGAACGAGCGAGGCUUCGAUACCCGCAGAGCUCAGCUGGAGGAGGAAGUGUCGCUGCCCACCGUGGAGCUGGGCUGCGGCCUCGGCGUCACUCUGCUCCUCAUGCUGAUCCUCUUCGUGGUUUAUCACGUCUUCUGGCUGGAGCUGCUGCUGCUCUAUCGCUCCUGGUUCGGCACAGACGAGCGGCACACAGAUGAUAAGGAGUUCGACGUGUACAUUUCGUAUGCGAGGAACAGUGAGGAGGAGCAGUUUGUUCUGUUGACGCUGCGCAGAGUCCUGGAGAACGAGCUCGGGUACUCGGUGUGCAUCUUCGACCGAGACAGCCUGCCCGGCGGGACCAUCACAGAUGAGACUCUGAGUUUCGUGGCUCGCAGCAGGCGCCUCCUGGUGGUCGUCAGUCCCGGCUACGCCUCACAGGGCUCCCAGGCUCUGCUGGAGCUCAAGGCCGGCAUUGACACCAUGGCGCUAGCUGGGCACCUGCGGGUGAUCCUGGUCCAGUACAAGCCGGUCCGGAGGAAGGGCUGGGUCAGGGAGCUGAGGCGGGCCCGGGUGGCUCUGGCGCUGGUCCGAUGGCAGGGGGACAAGUCCAGAGAGCUGUCGUCACGCUUCUGGAAGAGGCUGAGGGUGGAGUUGCCCGUGCGGAGGGUUAGCAGCCGAGGGGAGGACGAAGAAGAGAGCAACCUAUCAGAGGCCAUCCUGCAGUCAAUGCAGCGGAGCCGCCGCCUCCUCUUCGUUCUCAGCCCAAACUUCCUGGCAGAAAAGAGCUUCAGUCUCCUGGAGUGUCGUCUCGGUCUGUACCUCGAGAAUAGUCUCCGAGCCUCUAUUAUCGCUGUGGUUUACCGCUCAGUCAGCAAACUGGCCUGUGUGGAGGUCCCUCAGCUCCGUCAGGCCACCAUCACCACCGUCACGUGGCGAGGAACCCGAUCUGAAUCGCGGCGCUCUCGCUUCUGGCUCAGGCUGAGGUUGGCACUGCCCGUCCGCCCACUCGCUCUGGGCAGGAGGUUGAUCGACAGCACAUCAUCGCACUCAGACCUGGCUGCCAUGGCCCUGCAGAGAGCUCAACGGAUCCAGAGCGACAGAGCCAAUCAGGGCCGCCGAAACGGGCGUACCAAUGUUAGCCGCAGAGACAGGCGGACGCGGCCCAGAGGGUACCUAAAGAGAGGGGUCGUAAAUAUGGAGGAGGGGCCACAGCACAGCAGGAGCUGCUCAGGGUGCGCUGGGUUUAUGGGUAAUGUAGAGGGGGCAGGGGUGGAGCUUACAGUAGAGACGCAAACACAGCAGGAGUCAUGCGAGAGGACAGAGGUUCGUUCAGACCCGGUCCCAGAAACACACCCCAACCCAGUUCCUAACUCCGCCCAUGAUGCUCACUGCUCUCCUAACCCCACCCCCAUACACCACCUAGAUUCUGAUUCCGCCCUCACUAUCAGUCCGGAGAACAAAAUGGGGAAACACAACCAGCAGCAGGCGGUGAGCAGUUCGAGGACGUCUGAGGAAGUUCUUCCAUCGUAGAGGGAAAAGGGGUGGAGCUUGUGGUGAAAAUGGCACCAACUCCACCCUUUGAUAAAGACCUUUAUUUCUAACUUAAAGGAGAUGCUGCAUUCAAAUCACGUCAGGAAAAUACAGUGUUUGGGAGGUCAGAAGAAACAUUAAGGCGGGUUUGUCCUGAGGGAGACGAUAGACAGCAAAGUCCAGGGGUAAUUCAAAUCUUUAGAAUUCAUCCUCUGGAGAGUAGGAGAUCCGUAUAUUUCAGGAUGAUCUAAAUGGCAGAUCUUGAAGGUUUAGGAACUUCUGCAAUAGUACAAUAACUACGCUUACAUGAACAAAAGUACUGGGUCACAUCUCCUAAUUAUUGAAUUCAGGGGUUGUCAGUUUGAAUUGAAGUAGGUGCUGUAACAGGAAACCAUUGUUGCAUCAAGUCCGACUUCCCUCCUAAAUGUUUCACCACGCUUUCGGGGGUAUUAUUUCAAAGUGGAAGCUUUUAGGCACUCGGCCAUGCAGUGACAGACUGUGUAAAGUAAUUGAACGAGGUCUCGAGUGUUCGGGCGCACAGUUCGCAAAAGUCGCCGACGCUCUGUUGAGUCAAAGGCUGCAGCGCUCCAAAGUUCCUCUUGCAUGGCCAAGCAGCUCUUACAGCUGUCUUACGUAGGUGGUCCCGUACUUUUCUCCAUAUUGAGGAAGUUAAUACACCUUUUAAUAAACCAGAGUAUUGUUUCCCUUAUUUGGUCUCUAGUAAAACUGCAUCAAGGCCACAGAGGCCUUAAGGACAAACUCAGGGACAAAGUUUUCAGUGUCUUUCCUUAAUUCACAAGAUUUACAGCUCACAGUGAAAAUAUGAAACCAACACAUCAAAACACUUUGAAUCUUUAAGGCUUUUGUACGAGAAUCAACCUCUAAUAAAAUUAAGCUAAUGCUGAAGUGCCAAAAUCUGCAGUUCCUCUAAUGGCCUCUUGAGGCUCCAGCAGUGAGUCAGUCCCCACAGAUGCUGAAAUGUCUGAUCUUACAGCAGAAAUCAACGUGUUUACAAAAGGUUUCGUUCUCUUUGGCUAACUCUCCUGUUUAAAUGAUCUUAAGGCUUAAAAUUUGCAUUAUUGGGGGUGUGGCCUCUUUGAUUGACAGGUGGAGAAAGGGGCUGCUGCUGCUACACCCACUGACGAUAAAUGACAAGAACAUGAGAACAAUCCAGGUUCAUGUAUCAUGGAUGAAAGUAGCUCAUCAGCCCGCCACCACACGACUUCCAUUAGCAGGUGACGACAUUAGCUGCUAACAGAAUCACAGUUCACCUAUAAAAUAACUGGAAAUGCCUUAUUUUUAUAUAUCUUACUUUAGUCUCUGUGUUUUCUAACAGAAAAGGAGUCCCUCGUUAUUUAUGUUGAUUUAAUAAUGUUUCCACAGCCCUGUCUGUUUUCACCUGAGACCUUUAAUCAGUGUUAUCUCCUCUUGUAGCUUUGCUGUUUCUGCAUGUCAGCUGCUGUUCUCAGAUCAAACCCUGCUUUUCUUUGAUGACUAAUAAAGAGACGGCACUGCUCAUCUUUACGUGGAGAGACUGAACGUGCUUGUACAUGAUGUGAUACCAUUCCUAUAAAGGGACACUGGUUAAUAAAACUCUAUGUUGAUGAUGAUAAUUGCUUGGCAUCUGAAAUUUCUUUUAAUUAUUCAUUUUUAGUGGAUUGUGGAAAACGUGCUGAAACAGUUGAGGUGAUUGUUUUGUCCACCUCUGAUGGAGGAAUGUGUUUUACCGUCAAAUGUCUUGGCUCUUUUGGGAGCACAUGUUUAAUGCUAAUGAUUAUGAGCUUCUUCUGUCCUUUACUGACCGAGGCUCUGAAAUAGUCACUGAGCAGCUAAAAUGUAGUUGCGGGACUUUUAUUUUGACAUUCUCAUCAAACGUCUUUUCUUAAUCACUCUUCCUGACACAGGUUCAAACAUGUUAUGGCAUGAAAUGGAAAACACACUAUCAUUAAUGAACAUGUUGGUCCACUGCUAUGAAUUGUGGGAUGUCAUUACCUGCUUUCCUUUACAAAGGAUCCUCCAGUGCAUCCUUUGCUGAUGUGAUAAAGAAAGCACUGCAGACACUUCUGGGUCCUUUACACAACUUCCUAAACAAAUUUGAUCCCUUGACGGUAACAAGUGACUUGAGGUGGGAAAAUCAGCAGAAACGUAAAUGAGAGGCUAAAUCAGCACAAACCAGCAGGUGUCGCUGUUUGACCACCCAGCCUGAGUGCAGGAGUUCCUGUGUGUCCAGAGUUAGUACGCACAGUCUGCGUAUCGCCUCUGUUUUCAUGAGGUUUAUAUAUUUAUCAGGGCAGCACGCAUGGAUUAAUAAAAAACCUGAAUUCUUACUGUCAACUGUCACAACCCCCAGAAAGGCUUUCUACACAUCACGUCCCGCCUAACCAAAAAGAGUGAAGUGGUUCCAAGAAAUCUGUCAGUUAUUAACAUCUAAGAAGAAGCAAAAGAAAUUAACCAUAGCCAACAGAAGGCGCGCCAAAGUUACCAAAGAGAAGGGAAGCCGCUCAGCUGGAAGAGCUGAGCCUUCCCUCUGACAUAAACCAACAUCAGAGCCGAACCCAACAGGAACAGAGCCACCGUCCACGAGAAACUAAGGAAGUAACAGGAAAGUGAAGCAUACAAACACAGGAAGGCUUAUUAUUAAUCUCUGGCUCUCUUCCACAGAGUGUCUUUGUCCUGUCUUCAUGCUCUCCCAUUCCCUGUCGGUCACUGGGAGUGUAGACAGGCCACAUGCUUCUGUCGGAGGUUUCUUCCUGUUAAAAGGGAGUUUUUCCUUCCCACUGUUGCCAAAGUGCUUGCUCAUAGGGGGUCAUAUGAUUGUUGGGUUUUUCUCUGUAUUACUGUAAGUUCAUUACAAUGUAAAGUGACUUGAGUUGUUGUGUUUUGAUGCUAUGUAAAUAAAAUUGAAUCAAUUGGGCGAGAUUAGGUGGCUGGUUUCAGGGAGUUUCAGUUAUUGGUCUGCUGGCCUGCUCUUG